AUGUAUCAAUUUCUUUUUACGGCUCUCGCAGCCGCCACGGCUGUCAGUGCUUAUGACCUGGCGAGUACCAAUUGGGACACGGCAUAUUCAAAAGCCCAAGCCGCCCUACAAAAGCUCAACCAGACCGAAAAAGUUGGCAUUGUGACAGGUGUGACUUGGGAAGCUGGACCUUGUGUCGGUAAUACAUACGCGCCCAGUUCAAUCAAUUAUCCUUCAUUAUGUCUGCAAGACUCGCCUUUGGGUAUUCGAUUUGUCAACCCGGUAACUGCUUUUCCAGCGGGUGUCAACACAGGCGCGACAUGGGAUCGAACCCUGAUUUAUGAGCGCGGUCACGCAAUUGGAACAGAGGCCAAAGGACUGGGUAUCAACGUGCAGUUAGGACCGGUAGCAGGUCCUCUCGGGAAGAACCCCGAUGGUGGCAGAAAUUGGGAAGGCUUUGCUAUCGACCCCUAUCUGAGUGGAAUUGCCAUGGAGGAGACGAUUCAGGGUAUGCAGGAUGCAGGAGUUCAGGCCUGUGCCAAGCACUGGCUGGGAAAUGAACAGGAGCACAACCGAGAAACAAUGACCUCCAACAUUGGCGAUCGCGCAGCUCAUGAGCUGUACAUCUGGCCGUUCAUGAAUGCUGUCAAGGCGAAUGUCGCAUCGGUCAUGUGCUCUUACAACAAAGUCAACGAGACUUGGGCCUGUGAAAGUGAUGUCGUUCUAAACCAGCUCAUGAAGAACGAGCUCGGCUUCCGGGGUUACAUCAUGAGCGACUGGAAUGCACAGCAUACUACCAUCAACAGCGCUCUUUCAGGAUUGGAUAUGACUAUGCCAGGUAGCGACUUUGCCAGCCCACCUGGCAGCAUCUUCUGGGGUCAACACCUGCUAGAUGUUGUGGCCAAUGGUUCCGUACCUCAAUCGCGUCUGGAUGACAUGGUGACCCGUAUCUUGGCAGGUUGGUAUCUUCUCGGUCAGGAUGAGGGCUAUCCAGAAGUAAAAUUUAGCUCCUGGAAUGGAGGUAAGGCUAGCAUUGAUGUUACGAGCGACCAUUCCAUUAUUGCCCAAACUGUUGCACGCGACUCAAUUGUUCUGUUGAAGAACGAGGACGCUUCCUUACCUCUCAAGGAACCCAAAAGCCUUGCCGUCAUUGGACUGGAUGCCGUCGUUAAUCCUAAUGGACCUAAUGCAUGCAAUGAUCAUGGAUGUGACAACGGAACGUUGGCUAUGGGAUGGGGGAGUGGUACUGCACAGUUCCCGUAUCUUGUCGCUCCUUUGGAAGCGAUUCAAACCGAGGCCCAGAAGUCUGGUACCAAUAUCGUUACAAGUACCACUGAUGACACGACUGCAGCUGCUUCUGCAGCGGCAGCUGCUGAGACAGCCAUAGUCUUUAUCAACUCGGACUCUGGGGAAGGAUACAUCACCGUGGAGGGCAAUGUUGGUGACAGAAACAACCUGGACCCAUGGCACAACGGCAACGAGCUUGUUACAGCUGUUGCAGCUGUGAACCAGAAUGUUAUUGUGGUUCUACAUAGCGGAGGUGCAGUUAUAUUGGAGACAAUUUUGGCACUGCCAUCCGUCAAGGCCAUCGUCUGGGCUGGAAUGCCCGGUCAAGAGAGUGGGAACGCCUUGACUAGUGUAUUGUACGGCACCGUUUCCCCAAGUGGGAAGCUACCUUUUACAAUUGCUAAGCAGCGCAAAGACUACGGAACCGGUUGGGUGGAUGGACAAACCGAUAACUAUGAUGAAGGUCUUUUCGUCGACUACCGCCAUUUCGAUGUGAAUGACAUUACUCCGCGCUACGAGUUCGGAUACGGUCUAUCAUAUACAAGCUUUGAUUAUAGCCCAGUUGUUAUUAAUGUCGCCACUGCGGCUGGUCCAUCUGACGGACCUGUUGUACCAGGAGGACCCGAGAACCUCUUUGAGUCUGUGGGCACUAUCAGCACUGAUAUUCAUAACAGCGGUACCGUUUCUGGUGCUGAGGUUGCUCAACUCUAUAUUGGUCUGCCGGAAUCUGCACCAUGGAGUCCACCCAGACAACUACGUGGAUUUGGGAAACUGGCUUUAGAAUCACAAGUAUCCGGGAAGAUUUCAUUUGACCUCACCCGACGUGAUCUGAGCUACUGGGAUGUACCGACACAGAAAUGGAUCGUCCCUAGCGGGCCCUUCAGGGUCUAUGUUGGCAGUUCUAGUCGAGAUAUCCGCCAAACUGGAACAUUCAACGUCUAA